AAAAAAAAAAACGGAGAAAAUUCAAAGCGGAAGUAAAGGACGAAGUGAAGCAGGAAAAUCGCUUUUUAGAGAACUCGGAGAAGUUUGCAUCCACAUUUGAGCUGCGUGAUGUGAAGCAGAAAAACUUUUGUUCCUCGAGUUAGAAAGUUUGAGGGAACAAUGGGACUCCCAACGCUGGAGUUCACUGACUCUUUUCUGGACAGCCCGGACUUCAGGGAGCGCCUCAAAUACCAUGAAAUAGAGCUGGAGCGGACUAAUAAAUUCAUCAAAGAGCUCAUUAAGGAUGGAAAUAUGCUGAUCACUGCGCUCAAGAGUCUUUCUGCUGCUGUCCAGAAGUUCUCCCAGUCUCUACAGGAGUUCCAGUUUGAGUGCAUAGGUGAUGCUGAAACGGAUGAUGAGCUGAACAUUGCCCAGUCUUUCAAAGAGUUCUCCCAGCUGCUGAACACCGUUGAAGAGGAAAGAAGGCGCUUGAUUCAGAAUGCAGAUGAUGUCUUGAUUACUCCCUUGGAAAAAUUUCGGAAGGAGCAAAUUGGAGCAGCGAAGGAGGUAAAGAAGAAAUUUGAUAAGGAGGCGGAGAAAUACUACUCCACACUUGAGAGACAUCUCAACCUGUCAUCUAAAAAGAAAGAGGCAUAUCUGCAGGAGGCUGACACGCAGAUUGACAAGGAGAGACAGCUCUUUUAUGACGCAUCCCUUGAGUAUGUUUUCAAAAUUCAAGAAGUGCAAGAAAAGAAGAAAUUUGAGUUUGUUGAGCCACUCUUGGCCUUCCUUCAGGGUUUGUUUACAUUCUACCAUGAAGGAUAUGAGCUGGCUCAUGAAUUCGAGCCAUAUAAACAGCAGCUCCAGUUCAACCUACAGAACACACGAAACAACUUUGUGAGCACCAAGCAGGAAGUGGAGAAGCUGAUGAACAGGAUAAGAUCUGCAGAUCAGGACUACAAACCUCCAGGCCAGUGGACCAUGGAAGGCUUCCUGUACGUCCAAGAGAAACGUCCUCUGGGAUGUACGUGGACACGUCACUACUGCACGUAUGACAAAGGAAGCAAGACCUUUACUAUGAGCAACACGGAAAACAAGUCAGCUGGGAAACAGAAUGGCCUUGUCUUGAAUCAGCCAGAGACUUUCAAGCUCAAGUCCUGCAUUCGAAGGAAGACAGACUCCAUCGACAAGCGUUUCUGCUUUGAUAUUGAAGUGGUGGAGAGAAAUGACAUCUGUCGUGGAACUCUUUUCAGGCCGCUUCAGUUUUUCUGUAAAGUCCGGCAUGGCGUUAUGACACUGCAGGCGCUGUCAGAGUCCAACAGAAGACUGUGGCUGGAGGCCAUGGAUGGCAAGGAGCCGAUUUACAACCUGCCAGCCAUACUAAGCAAAAAAGAGGAAACGUAUCUUAACGAGGCAGGUUUCAACUUUGUGAGGAAAUGCAUUGGCCUGGUCGAGACAAGAGGCAUAACAACAAUGGGCCUGUAUAGAAUUGGAGGGGUAAACUCCAAAGUACAGAGGCUGAUGAGCACAGUCUUUUCUUCCAAGGCACCUGUGGAUAUGGAGCUGGAUCCUGAGAUGUGGGACAACAAAACCAUCACCAGUGGUUUGAAGAAUUACCUCAGGUGUCUCUCUGAGCCUCUCAUGACAUUCAAGCUACACAAAGAUUUCAUCAUGGCUGUCAAAUCUGAUGAUCAAAACUACAGAGUGUGCGCCGUCCAUGCUUUGGUUCAUACGCUACCUGAGAAGAACAGGGAAAUGCUGGAGUUACUAAUAAAACACCUUGUCAUAGUUUCUGCACAAAACCAAUUCAACUUGAUGACAGUGUCCAACCUGGGUGUUAUCUUUGGGCCAACACUGAUGCGGUCGCAGGAGGAGACGGUGGCUGCUAUGAUGAACAUAAAGUUUCAGAACAUUGUGGUGGAAAUACUCAUCGAGAACUUCAACAAGAUCUUUCACCAGCCUCCAGAUCCCAACGCACCCUUGCCACAACCACAGAGUAGAAAUGGCUCCCGCAGGACUAGAGCCAUCCUUCUGUCCAAAGGGCCCCGCAAGCCCCGCAGUCUUUACACCCCAACACUGUGCCUGGCUGAUGCAGAAAGUCCCUGCAUAGGUGACACCUUGAGCAGCAGUCCCAGCAGCACCCCUAUGGGCAGCAUGGAGUCUCUUUCAUCCCACUCCUCCGAGCAGAAUACCUCCUCCAAACCUGCUCUCUCAGGACCAUUGACGAGCCAUAGCAGGCCGGACCUCCUCCGCCCAACCCCAUCGCAGCUCUCAAACGGCUCCAGGAGUGGGGCUUGUGUCAGCAGCGCCGAGUCCAGCUCCAGGGAGGAGGGCGGUCGAACAGAUGGAGAGUCAGAGGAAACAUUCAGCCUGUCCUCAAUCAGCACGACACCUCGACUGUCUCCUGCACCCAAAAAGGCCCCCCACUGCUGCACUGACCUCAAGCCAGCACUGCUGAAUCGCACCAUUUCUCCCUCACUGAAAUCGCUCCAAGCAUUUGACGUCCAGCGGAGCUGCUCUGGAUCUGUUCAAAGUCUAUCAACACUGGAGACCAAAGAGAGUUCAAAGCCUGGCGAUCACCCGAACCUUCCACCGAAGCUAGUGAUCCGGCGCAGGAUAGACGCGUCGGUGAACAACGGCUACCAGAGGCCUGGCUCAGUGGUUGCUGCCAGAGCGCUGCUUUUUGAAAACCCCUCUUCUUUACAGUCUGCCCCAAUAGGAAGAGAUGCCAAGGCUAUGUAUUCCUGUGAGGCAGAACACAGCAAUGAGCUCAGCUUUCCUCAGGGGGCGAACUUCUCAAAUGUCUAUGCCUCUGUCGAACCAGGCUGGCUCCAAGCAACAUAUGAGGGGAAAACAGGUUUAAUACCAGAGAAUUAUGUUGUUUACUUGUAAAAGAGGCUAAUUCUGCCAUCUUUUUCAUGGUAUCCAUAAACAAAAUUGCUGUUAACUGUUAUGAUGUUCCCAAUAUGCAGUUCCUGGUGCAGUUCCAACACUCAUCAUUGACAUGAAUCAUUUAUUAAUUUUGGUUUUGUAGUGAUGUAGUAGAGCCGUUGUUUUUCCAGGGUGAAAUGGUAAUGCAAUGUAGGAAGAGUUCAAGUGAAUUUGGACAUAUGGUAAUUUAGGACAAGAUAAGUAAAAGUACAUUUUACCCUCCCACACAUGGACAGCUGGAGAUAGGCACCAGCUUCUCCGUGACCCACUAUGGAAGAAGCAGUAGAAAAUGACUGACUCUUUUGAAACCUGUAGCCAAAUCAACGGACCCAGGGAAGCAGAGACGACUUCGACACUGACUGACAUUUUACCCUUGCCUUCGAAGUUACAAAGCAAAGCUAAGGUGGCCAAUACAUUGCUUUGGAAGUGUAUCGGCAAAAUUGUGAGAGGUAAUUUUCAAGGCGAUUGAAGCCUUUUUAAUGAAACUGUUCAAAUUACCUGAUGUCUCAAUAAACCUGAAUCCACCCUACUUUUUAAUACAUUUAAAAACAAGAUCUAGGUGCACAAGUUUGAAUUAAAUGUGGAUUUUCUUUAAUCCACACUGUCAAAAUUAGGCAUAUAGUCUGCUAAUUUCCAGUAUAGUUAUGUUUUCCACAAUAUUAGUCUCCUUUAUCUACUCCAACACCAGUUUUGAUGGGUUCAUAUAUUUCCACAUUUCAGCCAUCUCACCAAAAUUCUCACCCUCAGAUGUAGGUAAAUUAGUUAAAAUAUUUAAGAACAACCCAUGAACCACCCAGGCUCAAACUGGAAGCUGUUGGAACACCAGUGUCAGUGCCCACAGAGGAUCAAGUUUAACAUCAACAUGUAGUCAGAGUAUAGCCAAGGAAAGUAGCCCUAACUCCAAAUUCUUCACCUUCAAGCACCUGAUUGAAAUUCGCACCUGCUGACAUGACGAAGCCAAAGACCUUCUGGAGAAAGAUUUAAUGAUCAAAUUACACAUAGAUUGAGCUCUUAAGCUGCAAUGCCAAUAAUGUUUGGAGGAGUCAGUGUGAUGCUUUUAAAUCUAAGACUGGGUUUCUGCAAGGUCUUUAAAAGUCAUAAAAGGUCUGUAAUGGAAGUCUGUAAAGUAAUCAUCUGAAGACCUUAAAAAGCCCUAAAUGUGCCCAGAUUUUAAUACUAGGUCUUAAAUUAUAUUUAGGUAAGUACUUUUCUUUUUUUGAGGACUGUGAUGGAGGCAUUUGUUUGUUCUGUGAUUUGUAAUUCUGGCUGAGGAAUUUAGAUAUUAUUGGAUUGUAACAAAACUACAAGCCGUAUAAGCCAGGGUAACUAUAAGCCCUGUCUAAAGGAAUUAAUUACAGGUCAUCCAGCUUUCCCCACAAAACCACAAAAGAACUGCACCCAAAACAGGAAUUACUGUCAGUUUAGACAAUUAAAAUCAAUAUAUACAUAUAUUUCACUACCUGCUCCUUUGCCACAUUAAGGUGUACAUUUGGCUUGAAAAAGUGAAAUCAUUUGGCUGGCUUAUACACAUUGCCAGUAACUGUUUUGAAGUUUACUGUAUACUUUCAAAAACAAAAAAGGCUUUUUGAAAUACAUUUGAAAAGCCCAACCCUCUGCACCAGUAAACCAACCAAUUUAAAUGACCUAUACAAGUCAAGAAGAGUAGUGAAAUACUCAGCCAGAGGUAGACCAUUAGCUUGUGUAAGGCUUCACAAUGAAUACAGUUUCUCUGCGGUUUGCUAAGGAGCAUUUAUUCAAAUAUUAGUGGGGUUGCAUUUGAGCCUGAACUGUAUGCAGAAUUUUGGUUAGAGAAAAUUCAGUUAUUUAAGAUUGUGUUAUCAUCCUGGGGAAAAAGAUGGCCAAUAUGCAUCAUUAUUCCUAUUUUAACCAUUUAAUUAUGUUUUAAAUGUCAUAUUUAUUGUCUUUAAUCCUUCUUUAUGUUUAGCCCUUUGUUCAGUGACUGCUGUCUUUAAAGUGCUUUAUAAAUAAAGUUUGCUUGGCUUGGAUUAAAAAUUAAAAAUUAUUAAGACAUUCGUGCAGAUUAUGACUGCGAACUUUUGAACAAAACUGUAACUGUCAUUUCUACACUGUUUGCAUUGUAGCAGAUAUAAUGGUUGUUGAGGCUUUUGCAAACUAAUGACCAGUUAUAUACCUCCCUUUCUGAGGUUCUGAUGCAUUCGAUGGAUCCACAGAAGCAGGCUUGGCAUUACAGUUAGAUGUAAAUAUAAUAUGAAAUGACAGCACUGAUCUCUAGUAUUAGCCUACAGAAUCACAGAACAGUCCGAUUCUUUUGAGUUAUUUUAUUCUCAGAAAUAUAUCCCCUUUGAAUUUCCCUUUUCACAAAUCUGUAGCCUCAAAUAUUUUGAUUAACUGCAAUUGAUCAAGCUGUGAUUUCAAAUAACAAAAGUAUCUAUUCUGUUAGAUUAUAUGAGAGAAAGUAAUAAUUGUUUGCACCUUAAUAUCUCUGGACUGAAUAUUGUUUACCCACUGAAACCGCUCCUGGCUGCAUGCACUGCUGUAGCUUCUCAGUUUAAUGCUACUGUAUCACACUUGCUCAUGUUUUGCCUUUACAAUUCUAUCAAAUAUUUACUUCUUGUAACUGUUUUUUACAGAAUAUAAUAUUAUACAGAGUAUUAUAUUAUACAUCAAAUAUAUUUGGGAUGUAAAAGGUUUUUUAUUAUGAAAAAUAGAGCAGUCUGCCUCAAUGUAUGUUGUGUGGUCAAUGGUACACUGCUGUACAAGUAAUGACGACUUGACACGUUUGAUAUUAUGUGUUAAAGAAGACAUUUAAUACUUUACUUUUUUCUUUUUCACAACAUCCCCACACUAAAAAUCAAACAUGGUCUAAAAAGUUAAUUUUUGUGAUACAGUUUCAGAAAAAGAUACAAAACAAAAACAAAGAAACCCACAAUCAUUUUUGCUCUUUACUUAUUACAAACUGAAAAGAAAACUCCAAAGUUAAAUUUUCUCCGGUUUCCCAAAAUGUAUUUGGGAGUAGAUUUGACAUCUAGCCCCUGCCAGGAUCAGGGUGUUCUUUUCCAUUUGCAUUUUAAAGAAUGUGAGGUGGCCUUGAACACUGACGCUGGACUACUACUCCCUUACAGUAAAUGAAUUUGCCAGGGCAUGUCACGGAAAUUAUACUCAUAUCCUGAAUAUGUCAAACUUUGCACCAGACAUUGGGAUAUUUUGCAAACAUUUAUUUGUCCAAAAGAAACAAGACAGAAAAUAAAAAGAGUAAAUGAUUAAACCAUCUGACCAAAUACAUAUAUUUUCAGUUACUUACUGAGGGAUAAAUAAGUAAUGUAUUACAAGUAUUUGUUCCUCACAGAUUUCUUCUGAUUUUGCCUUUUUGUUUUUUUUACACCUAAAAGUUUCGCCUCAUCAAAAACAUCUUAAUAUCAGACAAAGACAACUUAAGUAAAAAAAAAAAGAAUGGUUUUUAAAUAAGUUAAUUUAUUUAGUAGAAAAAGCCAAAACAAAGUAAUGUGAAAAAACAGCUGCCUCAAUAAUUGGAUGUAUAACCAGUAAGCUGCAAAAACUGCCAUCAAGCUUUUGGGAUAAUGGCUGUCAGUCUUUAAUAUUGCUGUAGAGGAAUUAAGGCUAUUUGCAGAAUUGUUUUAAUUCAGCAAUUUUUUUAGUAAAUCAAAGCAUGUUACCCGUGUCCCGAAGCAGCAAGCAGUGUGAUAAUGUUAGCCCCCGAUCAUCACACUACCACCACCAUGUUUGACUGGGGGUAUAACACAUUUUUUCUGAAAUCCUAUUUUUCUUAAUCUAAUUUCACUCCACAUGUGAUGGGCAAUCAUUUUCAAUCAAAUGUUGUCUUGUCAGUCCACAGAAUAUUUUCUUGAAGAUCAUUAAGAUUUUCUUUUGGCAAAUGUGAGACGGGCUUUUAUAGUUUAGCCUUGGAACUCUCCCAAGGAGACCGUAUUUGCCCAGUCUCUCUUUCUAUUUGUUGAAUCGUGAACUCUGACCUUAACUGAGGCAAGUGAAGCCUGCAGUGUUUCAGACGUUGUUCUGGGUUCUUUUGUGUCCUCCUAAAUAAAUUCUGGUAUGCUUUCCAUUCCUGAGAAGGUUCCAUGUUUUCUCCAGUUGUGGAUAAUGACUCUCUGUGGUUCACUGGAUUCCCAGAGUGUAAGAAAAGGUAACCCUUUCCAGACUCAUAUAUACUAAUGACUGUUUCUGAUCUUUUCUUAAAUUUCUUUAGUUGGGCAAUGAUGUUACUUUUUGGGAUCUUUUAGCCUACUUCAUGUUGUCGGACAGGUUCUAUUUAAAUGAUUUCUUCAUUCUUAAGGUCAGGCAGCUUAAGGCCUGAGCUUGGCUGGUAAAAUUGGACUUUCAAAAACUGUGGUUAUUUUAUAAUUGAAUAAGGGGGUGGGGGCAUUUACUUUUAACAUAGGAGAAUAAAGGCCUCAAUAGUUUUUCCCGUUAACACCGUUGCUUUUUAAUGUUUGCUCAGGUUACUGCAAUUAUAUUACAAUUAAUUUGAUGAUCUAAAGCAUUUAAGUGUGGCAAAAAACAAAAACAGAAGAAAUCUAUGAGGGGAGUUUUUUUUUUUCAUGAAGGCAUGUUUAAUUGAGAUCUAUCUGUUCAGUAGAUAAUCCAAACCUGUGUUAAGGUGGGAUUUUGUGUCAAGGUUUGACUGAUUAGUUACAGUUUUAAUGUCAAGAGAUUUAAUGAAACAUUUUUGACUUGUUACUUCAUAAACUUCACUGGCUUUGUUAUUCAUAAUUCUUUAAAUGAUAAAAUAAUAAAUUGUGCUGUGUUCUGAAAAUUAAAAAAAAUUAUUUUUUAUGCACAUA